CGCAGCGUUGCAGCAGGAGGAACUGAGGAGGAAAUAGGAGUAAACAGACGCGUACUGGCCACAAAAAAAGACGCUGUUAUCGUUUCUUUAGUAAGGAACAUCACAGUUAAAUGCGGUGUGUGAAUCUCCAUUCUCUGUGGUGACUGCGUGAUUCUUCCGCGUUGAGCAGUAGUUGAAAGUAGCAAUGCCUAUACAAAAUGUCUCUCAAAGAAGAUAAUGAAGGGGCAAAGAGCUCUCACUUGACUGAAUUGUACCACAACAUCCCACAAACAUGUAUGCCCAUUGUGUACCAUCCUGACUACAACAUCACCUUCAUUGGCCUUGAAAAGCUCCAUCCAUUUGAUGCAGGAAAAUGGGGGAAAGUCAUUCACUUCCUGAAAGAGGAGCAGUUCAUUAAUGAUGAAAACAUUGUGAAGGCCCAUGAAGCCACUGAAGAGGAUCUGCUUGUGGUUCACACCAAACGCUACCUCAACAAGUUAAAGUGGUCUGCAGUGGUUGCAACAAUCACAGAAAUCCCACCUCUGGUGUUUCUGCCCAACUUCAUGGUACAGCGGAAGGUGUUGAGACCUUUACGGACACAAACAGGGGGGACAAUAAUGGCAGGAAAACUGGCUCUUGACCGAGGAUGGGCAAUAAAUGUAGGAGGAGGCUUCCAUCACUGCUCAGGCGACCGAGGAGGGGGCUUUUGUGCCUAUGCUGACAUCACUCUGGCCAUCAAGUUUCUCUUCGAGAGAGUGGAAGGCAUCUCGAGGGCCACCAUCAUCGAUCUGGAUGCUCAUCAGGGAAAUGGCCAUGAGCGUGACUUCCUGGGUGACAAGCGGGUUUUCAUUAUGGAUAUGUAUAAUCGCUACAUCUACCCAGGGGACGAAUAUGCCAAAAAAGCCAUUACGAGGAAGGUGGAGCUGGACUGGGGCACUGAGGACUCAGAAUACCUCCACAAAGUAGAGCUCCACUCUGAGGGAGCUCUGAAUGAGGUCCCAACUGAUAUAAUAGUCUACAAUGCAGGGACAGAUAUCUUGGAUGGGGACCCCCUUGGAGGGCUUUCAAUUUCUCCACAGGGCAUUGUAACGAGAGAUGAAAUUGUGUUCAGAGCUGCAAGGCGAAGAGGUAUCCCCAUACUCAUGGUGACAUCAGGUGGAUACCAGAAAAAAACAGCCAGAAUAAUCGCAGACUCUAUCCUUAACUUACGCCAGCAGGGCCUGAUUGGACCAGAUGUGAUGGAGGCUGAUGGCUCUUCAUCCCAGGUGACCAGCAUGAUGAGCAGCACUGUGUCUGGUGGAUCCUCAUCUACUGUAGUGUGAGGAGCAUUGAUCCCGGGUGUGGUACUGGUGGAUGUGGACUGUACAGCCGUGACGCUUGAUGGACAACAGAUUAACUUUGCUGCAGUUACUGUGUGAUUACGCAUCACAGUGCAUUUGUUAACAACACACUACUGAUGAUACUAUAAUACUGAUGCUGUUGCACAGAACUGAAUUUAUUUUAAAUUUGGCCUUGGUGGCUGAUGAAUUGUAGAAAUGUUUGCACAUUUUAAAAUAAGCUUGGG